AUGUUCGAGGAGGGCGCCUGGAGCGACGCCGCCGAAGGGGGGGCCCCCGCCGCCCCCCGCCCCGCCGAUCGCCCGCCGCCCCCGCCCGCCGCCACCCCCCGGCAGCUCCGGGACACCCUGCGGCGGCUGCAGGCCGCGGCGCGAGCGGCUGCAGGCGGCGGCGGCGGCGGGCCGGGGGGAGAGACGCGGGCGAGCUCAGCGGUCCAGGGCGGAUCCGGCGCGGCAGAAGAGAAGCCAGAGCAGCCGCUGAGCAGGAAGCAGUGGCGGAACCGGCAGAAGAACAAACGGCGGCAGAAGAACAAGUUCAGGGCCGGCGGGGGCCCGGAGGCUGCCCAGCCCCACAGCGGGGGCCCCGUCGCAGCCUCCCUGCUGCCAGACCAGCCCCCCGACAGCCGGGCGUCUUCCCUGCGGCUGCGGAUGGAGGAGCGGCUGGAUUCGGCCCGCUUCCGCUACAUUAACCAGCAGCUGUACACCCGCCCCAGCCAGGAGGCAGCCCGCCUCUUCCAGGAGGACCCCGAGGCCUUUGCCGUCUACCACCGCGGCUUCGCCCAACAGGUGGCACGCUGGCCAGAAAACCCCGUCCAGCGCUUUGUGCGUUACCUCCGCAGUAGACCGGCUUCGUGGGUGGUGGCGGACUUCGGCUGUGGCGACUGCACGCUGGCCCGGAGCCUUCGGAACAAAGUGCACUGCCUUGACGUGGUGGCCCUGGACCCUCGUGUCACUGUCUGUGACAUGGCCAAGGUGCCUCUGGAAGCUGAAUCGGUGGACGUGGUGGUGUUUUGCUUGGCACUCAUGGGGACUAAUCUGCGUGAGAUCCUGGAAGAGGCCAACCGGGUGCUGCGAGUUGGGGGCACCCUGCUGGUGGCGGAGGUGGCCAGUCGAUUUGCAGACCUGCGUGGCUUCCUGGGGGCUCUGGCUGUGCUUGGCUUCCAGCUGGUCUCCAAGGACGUCUCCGGCUCCCACUUCUACACGCUGGAGCUGCGCAAGGAGGGCCCUCCGCGAGCGGGCGGCGCUGGGACCGCGAAGACGCCUGCCGGCCUGGCGCUGCGGCCGUGCCUCUACAAGCGGCGCUGA